AUGGCACCAUCAGACCCCCAACACAUCGCCAUCCUAGGCGCCGGAAUCAUAGGCCUUACAUCCUCCCUCGUGCUGGCGCAUGCCUACCCAUCAGCAAAGAUUACCCUUGUCGCAAAGCACUUCCCCGGCGACCGCAGCAUAGAGUACACCUCACCAUGGGCGGGCGCAAACUGGUCGUCCAUGGCCAACGACAACGGGCCGUUGGAAAAAUACGACGAGAUCACGUUUCACCGGUUUGGCCAGCUUAUGGACGGCAAGCCGGUGCAUGGGUGUCAGGUUGUUAAGAGCGGCGAGGGGAACGAGGCGGGCCUGGGGCGCCAGGAGAUGUGGGCUGUGCUCGAUGCGCCGAUUGAGGAGACGAAUCUGUUGACGCCGCAGACGGGGCGGAUUUGGUAUGAUGAGUUGGUGGGGGGUUUGAAGGAUUUGACUGCUGAACAGUUGCCUGAGGGCGCCGUGUUUGGGCUGGAGUUCCCGAGUACGUUUAGGAUUAACACGCAGGUGUACUUGCAGUGGUUGCAGUCCCAGGCUCUUAGUAAGGGUAUCAAGCUUGAACGGAGGCAGGUCGAGUCGAUAAAAGAAGCACUCGCAUUACACCCAGACGCAAGCCUUGUGCUCAACGCCACAGGACUCGGCGCACUCAAGCUUGAAGACGUGAAAGAUACAAACAUGUAUCCCACGCGCGGCCAGACAGUUCUGGUUGCGGAGCCAAAAACGCCCAUGAAAAGAAUGUACGAAUACGAGCGGACCUCUCACUGGAUGCGGAGAUUCCGGGGCGUUCACGUACAGACUGACAAGGACAGGUACUAUCGCUCGCCGAAGCGCAUCGAUCCAACUACGACCUACGUCUUCCCCCGCACCCUUGGCGGCGGUGUGAUCCUGGGCGGCAGUCGUGAGGACAACAACUGGAGCAACGAAUGGGAUUCUGAGCUCGAAGCGCAGAUUCUCGAGAGCGCGUGCAAGUUGGCCCCUGAACUCGGGAAGCCAGAAAACUUGCAGAUCAUCGCUCGAAACAUUGGGCUGCGCCCAUCGAGGAAGGGCGGACCAAGAAUCGAGAUUGAGGAGGAGAGGCAGAAGUGGAGUGUGCCGGUUGUACACGCAUAUGGCCAUUCUGGAGCCGGGUAUCAGGCGAGUUGGGGAACGGCGGAGAGAGUGUUGGAAUUGGCGCAGAAGGCGUUGAGUCCGAAUGCUAAAUUGUGA